GGCCCAGACAGAAAUAGCUCUCGCGCAGUUCACCCUAGCUUUCCCAGCCUCUGGGGCCCGCUCCCGGGUCUCCCUGGUCCUUAUCUCCACAGCCUGAGCCUGGCUGCUCACAGGGCUCUUCUGCACAGCGCGGGGGAGGCACCUGGACCAGGCUGCUCAGCGCCCCUUGAGCUCUGGCAGCCCCUAGGGGAAGGCGGGAGCCCGGGACAGCAAUGCCAGGGCGCGGUCUGCCCUGCGCGGCCCGGAGGGGCUUGGGCACUUGGCUGCUGGUUGGCCUGGGGGUCUGGGCGCUAGGCGGUUUCUGCAGCCUAGGGGUAGCAGCCCCGCAGAGCUGGGCCUCUAAAUUCCUGGGGCCGCCAAGCCCCUGCCAGGCGCCCCAGCAAUGGGAGGGGCGCCAGGUUCUGUACCGGCAGACCACCGGGCUCAACAGCCGCGCCCUCCUCUCCUAUGACGGGCUCAACCAGCGGGUGCGGGUGCUGGAGGAGAGGAAGGCUCUGAUCCCCUGCAAGAGAUUAUUUGAAUAUAUUUUGCUCUUUAGAGAUGGAGUGAUGUUUCAGAUUGAACAAGCAACCAAGCUGUGCUCCAAGUUCACUCUGGCAGAACCCUGGGACCCGCUAGAUAUCCCACAGAAUUCCACAUUUGAGGACCAGUACUCCAUAGGGGGUCCCCAGGAACAGAUCACUGUCCAGGAGUGGUCCAACAGAAAGUCAGCUAGAUCAUAUGAAACCUGGAUUGGCAUUUAUACAAUCCAGGAUUGUUAUCCGGUCCAGGAGAUCUUCAUGAAAAAUUUCAGUGUGCUGUUCUCCACGCGGUUUUUUGACAUAGAGCUGGGCAUCAAGGAUCCGUCGGUGUUCACCCCUCCGAGCACGUGCCAGACAGCACAGUCAGAGAGGAUGAGUGAUGACUGCUCUUGAUCUGCUCACACAUGACCUUCUCUUCCCAGGCCUGGAGUGGGCCCAACCUGCAGCUUGAGCUGUUCUCACAAUACUUCCUAGGCUGUGUACUAAUUUCCUGUGUACUAAAUGCCAACACAGUCCUGGCUCUGAGCUCCUUAGCUGCGGGUACCGUGUCAUGUUUAUUUUUAUAUGCCCAGCACCAAGUAAGUGCCUGGCACAUAGUGCCCUAAACAUUUGUAGAGAAUGUCAGCCUCUAUGAACCUUUGAGUCCUCGCUUAUUAAAUGAGAUUGGGUGUGUGAUCUCUAGGGAGAUACUGAGUAGUAAAAUGUUGUAAAUUCAUAUGCUAUCGCAUUUCAUCGGAUCAACUAUCUAUCAUCUACUACCAAGAAAAAAAAAUCUGUAACACCUAUGCUAUGCUGAAAACAGUCUGUACUACUCACAGCUUAUCACUGUUAUCUCAAUAAAUACAUUUAAUUGAAAGUCAAA